AUGUCAACCGAACACGACCCUGGCAGGCAGAAAUAUACACGAACAGAGCGGAGUUGCGACUUAUGUCGUCGACGCAAAGUGCGAUGUGACGGGCUCAAGAAACCAGGCGGUCGUUGCACCAAUUGCGCGGAUUUCGGUCGUGAAUGCACAUAUGAAAUGCAGCCUCAAAAGCGAGGACCAAGAGAGAAAGUGGUAGACCAACUGCGGAAACAGGUGGCUUUCUUGGAAAGCAAGUUACGCACAUUGUCCGUGUGCAGUCUGUGUUCGCAGCCUCUGAAAGGAGAAGCACUUGAAGCGGGGACACACUACUCGAGCUCCGUGUUUCCAACAAGUGCCCCAAACUCAGCCUCCCCGGACUCAGAGCAAGACGGCGAACCUGAUAGCUCGGAUGAUGACGACCCGACAGCAAGUAUUUCUCGGCGCUUCAACCGCCUCUCCAUCGACUCUCGCUACUUCGGCUCCGUUAGCCAUUAUUCACUCGCGAAUCAAGCGAUCAUAGCCAAGGAACAAGCCACUGGUCAACGGGGUCUGCCUCCCCGCUCUGACCAUUGGCCCAUGGCUUCUUGGGAAGAGGGUUUAUACCGGCAAGAAAAGACAACAUACGUCUUCCCUGAUUCCGACUUGAUAUCCUCCUUGGUCGCUCUUUACUUCGAGCAGUUUCACGCAACGUUACCUAUUCUCCAUCGCCCUUCCUUCGAGCGAUCUGUAGCCAACGGUUUACAUUUGGAAAAUCCACAAUUUGCGCAACUUCUGCUCGUGGUGUUGGCUACAGGUUCCCGUUUUUCCAAUGAUCCUCGAGUAUUAAUUGACGGGGAAACGACACAAUCUGCUGGAUGGGAUUUUGUUGCCCAAAUCCCUACCGCUCGUCGGUGGUUCGACCCUGAUCUAUAUGAAGUGCAGAUGUACUUCCUGAUGACAUUCUACUUCAUCGGGACCUCGAGGCCUCAAGCGUGUUGGACUUUUCUCGGUCUUGGUUUGAGGUUCCUUUUGCAACGAGGGGAGCAACGGCGCAAGCGAGAGCAGAAUACGACCGAAGAACUCGAGCUCUGGAACCGAGCUUUUUGGGCAUAUAUUUGCAUGGAUCGUCUUGUCUGCGGUACCAUUGGUCGGCCAGUUGGAAUUAGUCCCGAGGAUAUUGACGCUUCGCCUUUACUCGAAGUUGAUGAUCAAUACUGGGACACUUUUGUUCAACCACCAAACAAGCCUUCACUCUAUGCUUAUCUCAAGUGCUAUCUCGAGCUUUGCGAGAUUUUGGCGACCACCAUGCGGUUAUAUGGCUCCAAAAGGGCCAAGGCAUUAUAUGGAUGGGAUGGACGAGAUGGAGAGAAGCGAGGAGUGGCCGCUCUGGACUCGUCUCUCAACAAGUGCUUCGACUCGUUUCCUCUUCACCUUCGUUGGGAUCCCGACAGGAAGACUAGUGAUGCUUUUUACGACCAAUCGUUCGUUCUAUAUCUGACGUAUCACUGGAAUAGAAUUGUGGCAAGUAGGUCAUCUUUCAACGAGAUAUCGACUCAGGUGCUGCAGAUUCAUCGUCCCCAUAUCAACAAAACAAACGAAAUGGCAGCGGCUUCACUUGCAACGUGUACUACUGCCGCACGAGCUGUGAUUCGUGCGACUGACAAAUGGGUUCGAGCUCGGCACAAUCUCCUUUCUCAAGCUGCUGUAUCAGCGCUGUUUGUUUCUGUUCUCGUCCUCCUCAUGAGGACAUUUUCAAGUAGAAAUAGCACAUCAGCGGACGACAAGGCCUUGAUUAAUCGUGGUAUUGAGAUCAUCAAAGUCUCUGGGGGAAUACGGCAGUCAGAAGCUCGCUUGUACAAAGUCCUCACUCAACUUGUAGCUUCGAAUACGUUAUCGCGCCGCGACAACGAUACUGCACAGCACCCGCCCUUUACAAACACUUGGGAUUAUUCUCAGUCGACCGUUCAUGGCAAUAGCCCUCUAGGCUUACCGCCAAACACAUAUAUUCCUCACGAGCAAUCGUCGUCCAGCCUAUCUCUAUCCCAAGGUGUUUCAAUCGAGCAACUGCUCGCCGAAACCGAGGAUUUGUCGUCUUACUCUAAUGUCAACCCCGGCAUGAGAAUGGAAGAAGAUUUCACCGAGCUAUGGAUGUCUGUUCCGGCGGAUUUCAACGAUCUUACACAGUGGGGCUCUUAUAUCCAACAGCAAAACCCGUAUGCCGGAUACGGGCCGUCAUAUUAA